AUGCUCGAGAUCCUCGUCACCUUCCUGAUAUUUUGUCUCAGACGCAUCCGCGGCCUGUGGUAUCUGGCCCGGGGCCCAGAUGUCAUUGACAAGGCAUAUCUUUCAGCAGAGGGGAAGCCCUUUAAGAUAUCUACUCCAUCGAACGAUCACUUGUUGAUUACCUCGAACGACCAUAUCACGGAGCUGGUCAAUGCACCGCUUCAGAACCUGUCACUACAUGCUGUAGCUAAAGAGAUUCUACAACCCAAAUACACCAUGUUUGGCUUUGAGUGGCAGGAUCAACGAGGCGUCGAAGGGACCGGCUUUGUCCGUGCCUUGCGAAGCAGGCUAACGGCUCAUCUGCCUAUUCUGAUGCCUGAGCUACAGAGAAUCGUCGAGACUGCCAUUGCAGACGAGCUUGCAGCGCCUGGGAGCGACGGUUUUGUGCAUUGCAGAUUGUUCUCUAUGAUCAAGCGAACCGUCACAAAGGUCAACUGCUUCGCCUUCUUCGGGGAGGACCUUGCGCAGAAUCCUGAGUUUACCGCAGCUGCAUUGGAAUUCCCGCAGAGAGUUAUCCUAGCCGCUGAAAUUCUGCGCAUCACUCCAGGUUUCCUCCGACGGUCCGUUGCGAACCUAGUGACGCGACAACACUACGCCGUUAGGACACUAUUUCGCUAUCUGGAGCCAAUCGUCGAGCAGCGGUUAGCAACGAGGGCCCAAUCGACCAGCUCAAUUCAAGAAGAUGCUCCGAUGGAUUGCAUGCAGUGGCUGAUUGAUACGUCGCCCCGAAAAGUACAAUGGUCCACGACUAGAAUGGUUGGCGAGAUCAUCGCGGUCUGGUUUGGCUCGGUGCACCAACUGGCAAUGACCACCACCUACGCCAUUGAGGAUCUCUGUCUGCAUAACGACUACGUUGAGCCGCUUCGAGCGGAGAUCCAGCAAUACCUGGCCGGCUCGUGCAGGAGGAGGGUGGCGGAGAUGCCGCUCCUCGACAGUUUUGUGAGGGAAUCGAUUCGCUGCACCAACUCCGAUGCAAUUACUGUCCGACGGAAGGCGUUGACGCCUUUCGUCUUUUCGGAUGGACUCGAAGUCGCAGGGGGCGACUGGGUAUGUAUCCCGCAACGAGCGAUGAUGCGCGAUCGGAUCAGAUACCGGAAUCCGCAAGAGUUCGACGGCUUUCGAUUCGCCAGAGCAAACAAGCAACUACGCGCGAGAGAUGUGCCUCUGGAGGUACCGGAGCGCAGCCCUCUGACGAUGACAGAUGUUAGCGUUGACUGGCCAAUUUGGGGGCUGGGUAACACGGCCUGUCCGGGACGGUUCUACGCCGCCACGAUUCUCAAGCUGAUUAUGGUGUGUAUUCUGGAGAGAUGGGAGUGUCGGUUGGAAGAUCCCAGUCGCCAACGGUGGAGGACGUGGCGGUCGAGCAUCGUACCCCGCGAGGGUACGGUUGUAUUGUUUAGAGAAAAGAUGACAAAGAUGAUGCUUGAUGAAUGGGAUGGUUGA